AUGGCCAAGGCCUCGGCCUCUUCGCUGCUGGAGGACUUGGACCUGAGCGGAGAGGAGGUCCAGCGGCUCACGUCCGCCUUCCAGGACCCGGAAUUCCGGCGAAUAUUUUCCGAGUACGCCGAGGAGCUCACGGACCCCGAGAACCGGCGGCGUUAUGAGGCGGAGAUCACUGCGCUGGAGCGUGAGCGCGGAGUGGAGGUGCGGUUCGUGCACCCAGAGCCCGGCCACGUGCUGCGCACCAGCCUGGACGGGGCGCGGCGCUGCUUCGUGAACGUGUGCGGCAACGCGCUGGUGGGCGCGCCCAGCAGCCGGCCCGGCUCCGCGAGCGCGGGGCCCGGCCGCCAGUGGUCCCUGCCGUACAGCCUGGCGCCCGGCCGCGAGUACGCAGGGGGCCACGGCACCCGCUACACCGUUUACGACGUGGUCUUCCACCCAGACACGCUCGCGCUGGCCCGGCGCCACGAGCGCUUCCGCCAGAUGCUGGACGACACGGCCCUGGAGGCCGUCGAGCAGCAGUUCGGCGUGAAGCUGGACCACAGAAAUGUCAAGACCCUGAAGAUCAAGUACAAGGGAAACCCGGAGGCCGCCGUGCUGCGCACGCCUCUUCCCGGGGGUGUCCCGGCCCGACCCGAGGCGGAGUUCGAGAGCCCUGUCCCCGAUUUUCCCUACCCCUACCGGGGCCCGGCUGCCGCCGGGAACGCUGCGGGCCCUGGGCCCCGGGCCGCCUCCGCUCCUGAGGCGGCCCCGCAGCCUGCCCCCACCGAGCCUCGCUACAGUGUGGUGCAGCGCCACCACGUGGACCUGCAGGAUUACCGCUGUUCCCGGGACUCCGCCCCCAGCCCCGUGCCCCGGGAGCUGGUGGUCACCAUCGAACUGCCGCUGCUGCGCUCGGCCGAGCAGGCGGCGCUGGAGGUGACGGGAAAGCUGCUGUGUCUGGACUCGAGGAAACCCGACUACCGGCUGCGGCUCUUGCUUCCGUACCCCGUGGACGACAGCCACGGCAAGGCGCAGUUCAACAAGGCCCGGCGACAGCUGGUUGUCACGCUGCCUGUGGCGCUUUCCGCAGCGCGCCCGGUGGCCGUGGCGGCGCCGGAAGAGUCGGCCGACCGGUCCGGAACUGACACGGUGGCCUGCACUUCCGCUCCAAAGGGAGAGACCGGCCCAGCUGGGGGUUACGCAGGGGAAGAGGACCUGGAUUCCCGUCGAGCUGGGGGUGCAGAUGCCGGGAUCACCACUUCGGACGCUGCCGGGGAGGAGCUUGACUCUGAACCGGAGGAACUAGACUUCGGCAAGCAAGCGCUGUUGACUACGGGCAUCGAAGAGAAACCGCUUCCCGGAACUGGAAGGCCACAUGGGGACGGUGGUGGAGGCUGUCUUAGUACUUCAUCAGGGGACCUAGACCGGGGAGGAAGAGGGAGUGCGUGCGGAGAUCUCAGCGUUGAGACCCACGUGGCCCGGGAAGACUCGGGCAGGGAGCCUUCUGAUCUAGCCAUGGAUGGUCCCGAGACAGACAGCGGAGGACCUCUGUGUCCUCCUCUGCAAUGUAAUCAGGAUGAAGAAUCCCUGACUCUGCUAAUUCAAGUGCCUGGGAUCCAGCCUCAAAGUCUUCAAGGGGAUGUGAGCCCCAUCCGGUACAAAUUGUGCUUCUCCACUCAAGACUUAGUUUAUUAUUCCUUCUUAUUGCAGUUUGCUCCAGAAAAUAAAUUAAGCCUGAAAGAACCAGUGGUUAGCAUUUCUUCAAACAAUGCAGUAAUAGAACUGGCCAAAUCUGCAGGGUGCUAUGGACAGUGGAGAGAAUGGUAUUAUGGUUUAAACAACGAGUCUUUGAAGGAAAGAUUGUUUGUCAAUGAAGAAAAUGUUAAUGAAUUUCUUGACGAGGUCCUGAGCUCUCCAUUCCAACCGACAAUACCCCCAACCCCACCGUUAAUUGAAGUUCUUCAGGUUACUGAUAGCAAGAUUCAAAUUCAUGCAAAGUUGCAAGAAUGUAAUAACUCUGAGCAGCUUCCUGAAAAGGAAGGAGUCAACCAAGGAAGUCAUCUAACUGAAAAAGGAAAUAUAGAACAUCCUACCACCUCAACAACUGAUUCUGAUUCAUCUGUAGCAGUUAAAGUACAAGAAAUAGACAGUUGUGGUUCAGUUGAAUACUUGCAACAAGAGUCUCUUGAUGUGUCCCAAAUGUUAUCUGGAAAGUUUCUGCUACCCGAGUCAAAAAUAGAACCUGAAUUUAUAAAAGAAAAAGAUGCUGUUUACUCAAGUGAGGAGAAAGAAAAUUUAAAAGGACCAGUAAUGACUGAAGAGAAAGAAUUAACAGUUCACAAUAUACCUGGUUUUGAUAGUAUAAAAGAAAUCAAUAUGCAGGAUGGUAGUGUGCAGAUUAUUAAAGAUCAUGUGACUCAUUGUGCAUUCAGUUUUCAGAAUUCAUUGCUGUACGACUUGGAUUAAUUCUAUAUAAUUUCA